AUGGGGAGGGUGAAAGAAAACCAUUCGAUAGGAUUUACGACUAUGACACCUAUAAUGAUCUUGGAGAUCCAGAUAGCAACGAUGAACUGGCUAGGCCUGUCCUUGGCAGCAAACAACAUCCAUACCCUCCGCAUUGCAGAACAAGACGACCACGCUCCAAAAGGGGGAGAAGCGGGUGGCCGGAGCCGUAUGUGUGGAUGGCCGGAGCCAUAA